AGAAAAAAAAAACACUUACGCUAUGUCCGUGGAAAUGGAAUAGGCGGAGUGUAAACUCAGACGUCGCGCGUGCCCCUGGGCUUCCCGUCAGCUGCUGGUGAACUGAAGAGACCGCUCGCCAUUUCCCAGAGUGCUAGUCGACUCCGGCGAUCGGCAGAGAAUCGGCGGAGCCAGAAGAAGAUUUAGGGAGUGGAUCCUCUAUUCUUUAGGGUUUCAGCUUCCUACCCGGGAUUGGGAAGAGAUAUUGGGGAAGAGCUGUGAGGACGACCAGAGCAUACCCCACCAGCAAUUGCAGUUGGUUGAAUUGUGGUUGGUUAAGCAGAGGCUUCAUCAACUCUAACUGUAACUGCUCCAGAUAGCGCAGACGGAGUUUUUUAUUUUUUAUUUUUUUUUCAAUAAAGUUCUCAACUAAACUGACUCAAAUAACUUGGAUCAGAAAAAGAAAGUUGAGGGGGAAAAAAAAAAUACAGUGUUCAAUAUCCUAUUUUAAAAUGGCCUAUAGUUUUGGGGGUGUCCAUAAUUUUAACUUCAUAUUUAGCGGCGAUUUUUGCAUUGUCUGUUACUAUGAGUGGGAACUACUGAAAUUUCAGUUCUACAUCGCUAUAUGGGUAUAAUAAUCCAUGCAUAAUGUGGAUCAAGAUCAAGAUCCCCCUAUUCACGGAUGUACUAUUAUUUUGCUGUUUCUAAAUGGGGUGAGAAAUUGCAAUGAUUAGUAGCGUACAAGAUGGAAAAUCUCAGUCGCUUCUAUUUGGGGAUCAAUUUAAGGGAUGUCUUGUGACAUGCAAUUUACUUUUGAAGCUUAUUGGCUCUUAUAAUGCAUGCAGCUGGUAUCAGUGUGUACUCACUCUUAUGUUUCUUGUUCAAUGAUGUCUCCAUGACAUAGGAUAUUUUGAAGAUUUGGAUAUCGAGGCUUUUGAAUUGGCAGAGACUUUCAUGGGUGAUUCAACAGCAAUGACCAUCGACUUCCUUCGCGUGAGAUUACUGUCAGAAAGAUCAGUAUCACGAGCCGCUAGAGAUAGAGCCGAUCAAUUGGCCAAAAGGGUUGUAGAGCUAGAAGAACAGCUUAGAAUUGUGAUUAUUCAAAGAAAGAAAGCAGAGAAGGCGGUUGCAGAGGUUCUUGCUAUUCUUAAAUUACAAGGGAUUGGCGAUCUUUCCGAGGGUAUUGAUUCAAGUUCUGACCAAGAAGUAGGCCCUAGUGUUGUUGAAGGAUGCGAAGGUACUUCUAAAGGAGAUGAAACCUCUAGUGGCUCAAAAGUCGGGAAAAGUGAAGUUGAGGAUGCACUUUCGGGCUCGGAGCUUGGAGCUUCGGCCUCUCAAGUUGGGGGAUUAUUGUGGAAAGGUCGUAGUGGGAGUCCUGAUUCACGCAAGAAGCAACAGGCGAAGCAUUUCAGGCAAAGGCAAAGAAGAAGCAGUUUCAUAUUGACUGUUGAGUCUUCUCCAAAGUAUCAGUUGGGAAUGUCAUGCCGCAAAAUAAAGCAGAAAGAUUUUGGAUCGGCAGUAGAUGAUGAGCGAGACAAGACGAAGGAACCGCUUGACACGUUGGAUUAUAAUGAUGAUCAGCCUGACUUCUAUGAGGAUGUUUCUAAAGUUGAGUUGUGUACUGUUGAUGAUCAGAAGAGAGAAACUGAUGCUGGUGGUUACACAAGUAGGGAUCGAAGGGACAGAGAAAUGGAGAGAGUCCUAAAGCAACAGGCUCAGCUUAUUGGUCAAUAUGAACAAGAGGAAAAUGCCCAGAGAGAAUGGGAGAAGAAAUUUAAUGAGAACAAAAGCUCCACUGUUUUUCAGAAUCGUGUUAAAUUGGAGAACCAGGCUCAUCUAGCUAACGAUGAUUGUGAACCCAAGGAAGCAGCUGUUGAGCUUGCAGCUGAAAAAUCAUUUUGUGACGGAGAAGCAAAACUGAGUGUCGGAAACUUAUCCAGUACGAGGGAUCCCACUGCUGAAUGCUUUUCUAACACCUCCGCUGUUGGAACACCCAAAAGCUCUGAAGAAAUCGGAAGCCAAGGUGGAGCCGUUGUGUUAACUUCUGAUGGAUGUGUGCCUUCUGAUCCAAUUGGAAUGGAUAAUUUGUUGAAUAAGAUUUACAAUGAGUUGCCCAUUAAAGAAAUUGGAUCUAUUCUUCACGAAUCAGCUUAUUUAACAGAAGGAACCACCAAUACUAGCCCAGCAGGAAUGCAUAAUCAAGGCCCGCUUUUAGAAAAUUCUGAUUGUGGGAGUCCUUCGACUGAUAAUUCUAAUGACCUAAACUCUAAUUGGGGCUCGUCAGGCUUCCGGACCCACCUAAAAAACGAUCUCCAGUUACAAUUGUACGGAACACCAAGAAGCAGGUUGGAAGGUGUUCUGGAAGCGCUUCACCGUGCCAAGUUAUCACUAAAAGAGGAACUAGAUAAGUCUCCUGUGACGAAUCAAGAAAUCUUGGGUACGACGGCUGUGCGAGAUUCUCUUUCCAGGGGAACUGAGUCCAUAGAUAGCUUGAAGAUUCCUGCAGGUUCUGCCGGUUUGUUCAGAUUACCGACCGACUCGUUUCCUAAGGCUGACUACUCAGGGAGUGCGUCUCACAUUGCCGAACUCAGUUUGGUGGCUGAUUCUAAUUCUUUACUUGCUGGAGCUGGACCUGAAUUUUCAAUGAGCAGGCAAUGGUUUGAUCCCCAGGGAAUUCUUAUUCCUGUUACUAAUUCCAGUGGUUAUAACAUAGCUUAUUCGGAUUUGUCAAUUGGGAGGCCAUCUUGUCCCAGUGGAAUUUCACCACUUUAUGGGGAUUUAGGAGACGGAAUGCCUACCGGAGACCGGCUUGCUAAUUUUUAUGGUGGCGAAGGUAGUUUUCCUGGUGGACGGAUGUUGUAACGCAUUGUCUCAGGAUUAUAUUGGAGCUCAAGACUUCGUUAAUUUGUAAAGGGAUCGUUUCCUGUAUGCUUUUUAUGAGUCUCUCAGUUUUAUAGUCGAGUUUUGUUCUCUUUAUGUAUCUUGUAUUAAAGUAAGGUAACUACUAAAUAAAAUAAUUGCGAGUUAAGGAGGUGUUGAUAUAGAAAAAA